AGGAGCCGAAGGGAGUCGGCGGCACAAAAUGGCGGCGGCGGCCGCGGCCGGGGCUCAGGGGCAGGCGGGCCCCGCGGCGGCGGCCGGCGUGCCGGGCCCGGGCGGCGCGGCCCCCGGGUCGCAGGGCGUGCUGAUCGGGGACCGGCUGUACUCCGGGGUGCUCAUCACCUUAGAGAACUGCCUCCUGCCCGACGACAAGCUCCGCUUCACGCCGUCCAUGUCGAGCGGCCUGGACACCGACACCGAGACCGACCUCCGCGUGGUGGGCUGCGAGCUCAUCCAGGCGGCCGGCAUCCUGCUCCGCCUGCCGCAGGUGGCCAUGGCUACCGGGCAGGUGCUGUUCCAGCGCUUCUUCUACACCAAGUCCUUCGUGAAGCACUCCAUGGAGCACGUGUCCAUGGCCUGCGUCCACCUGGCGUCCAAGAUAGAGGAGGCUCCGAGGCGCAUCCGCGACGUCAUCAAUGUCUUUCACCGUCUUCGCCACCUGAGAGAGAAAAAGAAACCCGUACCUCUUCUCUUGGAUCAAGAUUACGUCAACUUAAAGAACCAAAUUAUAAAGGCGGAGAGACGAGUCCUCAAAGAGCUGGGCUUCUGUGUCCAUGUGAAACACCCGCACAAGAUAAUCGUUAUGUACCUUCAGGUGUUAGAGUGUGAGCGUAACCAGCACCUGGUCCAGACCGCAUGGAACUACAUGAACGACAGCCUCCGCACGGACGUCUUUGUGCGCUUCCAGCCCGAGGGCAUCGCCUGCGCCUGCAUCUACCUCGCGGCCCGGACGCUGGAGAUCCCGCUGCCCAACCGGCCCCAUUGGUUUCUCUUGUUCGGAGCAACCGAAGAAGAAAUUCAAGAGAUUUGCUUAAAAAUCCUGCAGCUUUAUACCCGGAAAAAGGUGGAUCUGACGCAUCUGGAGAGCGAGGUGGAGAAGAGGAAGCACGCCAUUGAGGAGGCGAAGGCGCAGGCCAAGGGCCUACUCCCCGGGGGUGCGCAGGUGCAGGACAACACCUCGGGCUUCUCUCCCGCCCCCAAGCUGGCGGAGUCUCCCAAAGAAGGCAAGGGGAGCAAGCCCUCCCCACUCUCUGGGAAGAACAUCAAGAGGAAAACGGAGGGUGUGAAGAAGGCCAAGGCAGACAGCCCGGUGAACGGCUUGCCCAAGGAGCGAGGGAGUCGAAGCCGGAGCGGCAGCUGCGAACAGAGCUACUCCAGGUCCCCAUCGAGAUCUGCUUCUCCCAAGAGAAGGAAGAGCGACAGUGGCUCAACCUCUGGCGGGUCCAAGUCCCAGAGCCGCUCGAGGAGCCGGAGCGACUCCCCACCAAGACAGGCACACCGCAGUGCUCCCUACAAAGGCUCCAAGGUAAGGAGCUACCGCAAGACCAAGGACUGCAAGUACCCCGGCCAGAAGCCUCACAAAUCCCGGAGCCGGAGCUCCUCCCGUUCCCGGAGCCGCUCCCGGGAGCGGCCAGAUAACUCUGGCAAGUACAAGAAGAAGAGCCAUUACUACCGAGAGCAGCGGCGGGAGCGCUCGCGGUCCUACGAGCGUGGGCAUCGCUAUGAGCGGGACCACCCUGGGCACAGCAGGCAUCGGAGGUGAGGUGGGCUCCCGGGGGCUGCCCUUACAGCUCUUGGCAUGCAGACCUCGGCGUGACAGGCCCUGUGGUACAGCUCUUUGGAAAUGCAGCCGCUGGACCUUGUGAUGAAUUUGGAGAUGGACUCAAGGCCGGGAGAUGCCCUUCAGGCCAGUCUGGGCAUGGCCCACCCAGGCACUGGCCCCUGCCAGGCAGCUCUGCGAGUCUGGACAUGGAGCUUGGCGGAUGCCCUGGUGGUGUGGCUUGGUGCUAAUGACGGGCUGGCUCCGGCUCCGUGAGGACCCUCAAUUACGUCGAACCAAGAGAAUGACUGAGAACCGCUGCCUAUAUUAGGCCGUGCUGGUGUACGCAUUUUACAGUUUCAUGAGAGAAUGGCCCAACAGCCCCGUUCUCUAUGCGCAUUGUAAAUAAACGUGUUUGAUACAAGUUAAAGCUAUCUGUGCAAACUCAAUUUAAAUUGUCAGCUUAAAACUCAUGUGUAGAAUUCGGAUUUUUAAAAUGUGAAGGCAUUUAGACC